AUGUAUCAGAGCUUCUUUACUUUUGAUGUAAACAUUCUCUUCUGUGAAGCCAGGCCCAUUCCACGCUCAUCGUUGUUCUCGAUCCCUAUCUGCGUCAAUGCUUUAAAGACUUCUCCCGAGGCAUAG